AUGAAAGCGCUCAAUCUUUUGCGAGGCGUACAUGCGCUGCCGGGUUGGCAUCAGCGUGUUGCUUCCUCGAUUCAUACGCGCCACCAUUUGCAGCGAAACCACUAUCUCCCAGGUCGCGCUCAGUAUUCGGCGGGCCUUUGGAGACAAUACAGUAAAUCUGUAGCUGAGAAUCAGGUGUCCUCGGCCAAUACGGGGACGACAACAGCGACAUCUCAUGGGAGAAUAAUAGAGAAUGGAGACAGCAAACUUUCGCAGACUGAUGGAGGCAAAAAGUCACAGAGUGGCAAGGCCAAACCAGCAAUCAAAAUAUCGUGGUAUUGGAAGGGUCUCAUUCUCCUUAUCGAGCUCUGCAUCGGCGACUACCUCCUCGACCGAUAUGUGUUUGGCGGCGUCACGCUUCGAACCAUCGUCGCCUACGGCGUGCUCGGACGCAUCGGUCUCGACUACAAGCUUCACUACGGCCGCGACUGUUGGUUUGCCCGUCAUCCCGAGGAGGAUCUUCAUCAGCGCAAUGCCCAGAGGCUGUGCACGAUGCUCAAGUGGAACGGCGGCCUGUAUCUCAAGGCUGGCCAGGCACUAGCCAUGCAGGGCAGCGUGUUGCCGGAAGAGUAUCAGCGUCUAUUUGGCGAGAUGUUCGAUGAUGCACCGAAGAGUUCAUGGUCGGAUGUGAAGAAGGUCAUAAAGCAGGACUUUGAAGGGCGCACCGUCGAGGAAGUUUUCGGCGCCGACUUCGAGGAGGAGCCGAGGGCCUCGGCAUCGAUCGCCCAGGUUCACUUUGCAACGCUUCCGGACGGCCGCUCCGUCGCAGUCAAGGUCCAGAGGCGCGAGAUCUCCAAGCAGGUCUCGUGGGAUCUGUGGUCGAUGAAGAUCAUGGCCGAGUACACCGCUUGGUCGACGGGCCUCCCGAUGGGCACGAUCGGCCAGUUUGUCAUGGACCAGGUCAUGCGCGAAACCGACUUCGAGAACGAGGCUGCUAAUGCGGAAAAAAUGGCCAAGCUGGUCGCGUCGGACCCGUCUCUGCGCGACCGCGUAUACAUACCCAAGGUAUACCAUGAUCUGACGACAAAGCGCGUUCUUACAACCGAGUGGAUCGACGCGGUGCAGCUCUGGGACAAGGAUGCCAUCACCGGCAAUCAUCGACUGCCACUGCCGUCGACCUCCAAUAGCACCGGCAGUGUCCCUUACUGCUUGGGUCUUCGCGUCAAUGACAUUAUGGAAACUAUCAUCGAUCUUUUCUCCGCCCAGAUGUUUUCCUGGGGUUUUGUCCACUGCGAUCCGCACCCAGGAAAUAUCCUUGUUCGACGGCAUCCGAAUGGCUCCGGGAAACCCCAAGUUGUCCUUCUCGACCAUGGGUUGUACAUCACGAUGUCAGACAAGCUUCGGAGGCAGUAUUCUAACUUCUGGAAGGCACUCGUCACUGGCGACGAUGAUUCUCUCCAGAGCAUCUCCCACGAAUGGGGAAUGAAAAACGCCGAUGCCUGGGCCGAUGCGUCCCUGAUGAAGCCGUACAAGGAUCCUCCGCCAGCAGUUGAAGGCGGUAACGAAUGGAAACGAAGCAAGGAGACGUCCGAGGAGCGCCAGAAACGGAUGUUUGAGGAGGCAGCGGCGUACCUCGGAGAAGAAGAGCUUUUCCCGCAGGAACUUGUCUUUCUAGAGAGAAGCAUCGGUCUCAUCCAGGGGAACAACCGAUUCCUUGGUUCCCCCGUCAACCGAAUCAAGCUCAUUGGUAUGGGUGCGCUACGUGCUGUGCGAGACGAUGGAGGCAAUUCGUCCCUGAUGCAGGUUGUCUCAGUUCGCUUGUCACUGUUUGUUCUCGAUCUUGCCUUUUGGUGGAGUGCUAUGAAACAGUAUUUUGGAUACGGCAGCGGCUUUGAGCAAGAACUCAAGGAUGCUGAAGAGCGUGCGAUGCGAGAGACUAAAGAUGCGGUCGCCGGACUGUUCGGCAUCUCGGUGGAUUAG